AUGUGGGUGGCGGCAGCUGCGGCCACAUACACAGGUUUACACACGCCACCUGCGGUUAUGGUUCACCUGCGGGUGGGUGUGCUCACUCGACGAGCAUGCGGGGGGCCGCGUGCGGCGGGGGUGCGGCCCACCGCCGGUCAUGGACGUGUGAAGACAGAGAGAGAGCGGUGGUUGCGACCGCUCACUGCGGUGGUUGAUGCUAGAAAUGCUGGGGUGGGUGGUGGGCGGAUCGCUACCCGCCUGGCGCCCGCCCCGUCACCCCCCACCUGGAGAUGAUGGUUUUUGUUCCCCCACUCCACUCCCAAGACCACAGGUGAGCGUCGGGUGGCGGGUGUGUUGCCUCUUCCCAGGGGGCCCCUCACCGAUGCCGCCCCCCUGGUCGGUGACGCCGCCUUCGUCAAGCCUCCCGCCGACGCCGAUGGCUCAGUGGGAGGAGAGAGCGUGCCCGUGGCUGCAGUGGCCCCUCGCACCCCUACGGCUGCUGGGGGCACCACUGGGGCCCCCUCGUCACCCCCAGCACUCACCAGUGUGGUCGACGAUGGCAGAGAGUCCUGGGGAAAGUCUAUGGACUUCCUGCUCUCCAUCAUCGGCUUCGCCGUCGAUCUCGCCAACGUGUGGCGCUUCCCUUUCCUCUGCUACCGUAAUGGAGGAGGUGCCUUCCUACUACCCUACUUCCUGAUCACUAUGUUUGGAGCUCUGCCUCUCUUCUUCAUGGAACUGGUGUUGGGCCAGUACAAUAGGCAGGGGCCCAUCACUGUGUGGAAAGUUUGCCCACUCUUCAGAGGCGUGGGCUACUGCGCCGUGCUGGUGGCCUACUUUGUCAGCUUCUAUUACAACGUGAUCAUCGCCUGGUCCAUCUACUACGUGUACGCCUCCUUCAGCUACGAGCUGCCCUGGACCUCCUGCAACCACACCUGGAAUACUGACAACUGCUGGGACGGCCUCACCUCAGAGGAGCCCAGACCUAAUUCCUCCAAUCUCAUGUCCCCCUCCGAAGAGUACUUCAACUUCGUGGUGCUGCAGAUGGAUAAGAGUGGAGGUUUUGACGACCUGGGUCCUCCUCAGCCUGGCCUCGUACUCUGUGGCCUCCUUACCUACAUCAUCCUCUACCUCUCACUCUUCAAGGGCGUCAAGUCCUCAGGUAAGGUUGUCUGGGUGACAGCCACUAUGCCCUACGUGAUCCUGACGCUGCUGCUCAUCCGUGGGGCACUCCUCCCUGGGGCUGCUGACGGUCUUCUCUACUACAUCAAACCUUCCAUCUCCGCCCUCUCCAACCCACAGGUGUGGUACGAGGCAGCGGUGCAAGUGUUCUUCUCGGUGGGUGCUGGCUUCGGCGUGCACCUUUCCUAUGCCUCCUACAAUACCUUCAACAACAACUGCUACAGAGACUGCCUCAUCACCAGCUUAGUGAACGCCUUUACAAGCUUCUACUCUGGCCUCGUCAUCUUCACAUACCUGGGCUAUAUGGCCUUCAAACAGAAGACUCACAUUAGCAGAGUUGCCACUGAUGGUCCUGGACUGGUGUUCCAAGUGUACCCUGAGGCGGUGGCUACGCUUCCCGGGUCACAGUUCUGGUCCUGUUUGUUCUUUCUCAUGCUCAUCGCCCUCGGCCUCGACUCCGGCAUGGGCGGACUGGAGUGUGUCAUCACAGGGAUGCUUGAUGAACUACGACGCACCUUCGGUAGGAAGACCAUCAGAAGGGAACUCUUCACCGCCAUCGUCGUCACCUCCUCCUUCCUCGUCUCUAUCACUAACUUCUGUCAGGGCGGGAUGUACGUGUUCCACUGGUUGGACACUUAUGCUGCUGGCAUCUCCCUCCUCUGCUCCGCUCUCUUUGAAGCAGUCGCAAUCUCUUGGUUCUACGGUUUAAAGGUUUUCGCGGUUUUGUCUGACAUACAACACAUGCUGGGGCUUCAACCAAGGCUUAAAUGGGGUGUGUGCGAAAUUCGUCUCUCCCCUUCAUUUUUCAUCACGAUCUUGAUCGGUCUCCAGACCCAGAUAUCUGGUCAGCUGGAAUAUAAUGGUCCCACACACUACCUGUACCCGGGCUGGGCAGAGGCUGUUGGCUGGCUCAUCACCUCCUCGCCCAUGCUCAUGAUUCCUCUCUGGAUGUGCAUCACCGUGUGGAGGCAGCCUGGUUCACUCAGACAGAAACUACUUCUGAGCAUCACUCCUGAGGGAGAACACCAAAAAGUUCUUCAGACUGGAGACACCCCACGUCUGGACUGGAACCACUGGUGUCAAUUGUAAGCACCCAAGGCUAUGGUUACCAACUCAGUGAAGCUUAUCUCAUCUAAAAUGCCUGCAGUUUCUGAAGCAGUGUUCUGCCUCUUCUGAUUCCCACGGAGCAUAUUCUCCAAGGCAGUGACUACCUCGUAUAGUUCUAAUGUGUAGAAAAGCUUGUUAUUCUGACAGUUCCCAACGAAUGUAUCGGGUGAUAGCUACAAGGGGUCCCGGUUUACAAUGGACGUAUAGUAUUUACGUGUUACAGAAUGCCAAAAAUCAUCUAGAACAUUAAACUUUAAUAAACAUAAUUUUAAAGUUAAAUAUACAUAUAUAGUACGGGUCGAUGUUCAGUAUAUGUUUGGUUCUUAGUGCUUUAUGGAAUGUGUAAUUUUUUGAUGAAUUUUGGUAGUACACAUACAGGAUUUGAAUACCUGUGUGUAUGCAUGCAUACACACAGGUAUGUGCACACAAAAUGUACACAUGUACAUAAAACAAAUACAUAUAUGCAUGUGCACACAUUCACUAUAGUAUACCUUUCAGUAUCCAUAAACAAAAAUCUUGUUGCCGUUCUGCCACAGUCAGCCUGUUAAAUCAAGUUCCCUCUUUACUUACACUUACGCCUCCAUUAAUCUGGCACCAGCUGGUUGCAUUGACCAAUACAAGCCACAGAAGUAUAACUCACUGGCCCAGCAAGUUUGCAAAAGCUUCCUUUAUAAAUAAAAGGAGAGAAGAUUAUUAAAACACUGAGACAUUACCCAUCUGCACCUCCGAAAAAAGUAGCCCAAAUACAGUAUUGAGAAGUGCCUCAUCUUGACCACUGGAAAAUAGAGCAAUUGUAUCACAACUACAAAAACAAAUACCUCAGAAUACUAUGAAAAUUAUAUUCGCAAAACAAUGAAUGAACAUGAGUAAUACAGUGACAGAAACUGGGUUCCUGGUCCUUAUCAAUUAGAUGAAUGCUUCAUUUCAACCAGUAAUUUUGAGGGUAUACUUUUUGCACUUAAGAGGCAGAAAUCCAGUUUAUGUAAGAAGGUGGAUAGGCCAACUACACAUUAAAAGGCUUGAGCCAAUAAAAAUUUGAUGCUUAAUUUGCACCAGUUAAUUAGUAGGGCCCAUAUCCAAGGGCAUAAAUAUGUGGUAGAUUUGUUAUAGCAGUGUUUGCAUCACAGGUCCACUAAUUGAGAAACCAAUCAGGCAUCUCCCAUCUCUUUCCAUAUGUUGAGCUUUGCUCAGGGGUUGAUUUAUCUUUGCUGGCUCUUUGUAGCUCUCCUUGCUAGUCUUUUAGGCUUGUUGACUGCUAGCAUCAACAGCCUCCAUGAACAGGCAUUCAACAAGGAAUUCAUGUUUAACUGCAAGGGUGGAAGAACCCUCGAACUAGUUACAGGUAACCUUGCUGCAUAUGGAAACACAAAAAAGUUCGUGUUUUUAAUUAUUAACUAAAAUUUUCUUAUUAUUAUUAUUAUUACCAUAUACUUUUUUUCAUAGAUAUUCAAAUUUUGGUUUAUCCAUUCUUAAUUAAGACUUGGAGGCAGGGAAGAGGGAAGCAAUCUAGUACAAAUUUACAUUUAUCACCAAAUUUCAGGGAGAACACAAAAUUCCCAUAAAACCUGCACCAAGAUGAAGCAACACAAAGGAAAUAUUCUACCUCACAAUUAAUCGGAAGACAAUUAUGGAAGUACUAUAGCUAUUUUUAUUCCUUUAAUGCUAGGCUACCAAUUCUUUAGUGCUUAUUUUAUCAUGGAAAUUAGAUGUUUGAACCUAUUGGUACAUAUCAGUAUUGAACAUAAUUUAGAUGAUGAUACAGUAUAAUAAGUGUCAAAAUACUUGGACACUUACUUAUGUACACCUCUCACACAUAAACCUAUAGUACACCAUGUAUUUUACAAAGAAAAAUGUACUUUACCAUAUAUUUUACCCUUUAUUUGUACCACGUCUGCUUUUUCGUAAAAUGUUUUCAAGCUAAUGCCAGUGAUAAGAAUGGUUUAU